AUGACUGCAUUAGGUUUUUUCUUUGACUCUGAGGUGAUUGGAGUGCUACCACAAACUGUAGUUUUGGGACUGUCUUCACAGCAGUAUGGACCAUUUGUGGUAGAGAUGGUCCACGUGCUGCAGCUCUCCUUGCCGUACCAAGCUGGCGAAUCCGUGGAACCGUCUGAGGCGGAGGAAGUGGAACCUCACGCCUCGACCUGGGUGGAACGCUUUCAGCCGCAGACCUACCUGGAACUGCUAAGUGAUGAGGUGCACAUGCAGAUCUCUUCUAUGCGAAUGAAUGGGGCUAGACCAGUGACCACCUCCGGCCAGAUACGGCAUCGUACCUAUCGGCCGGGUGCCGAUGCCGAUUUCAAGAAGAUUCCAUUCGGGAAGGCCGGAAAGCCAAAGGAGGAUAUUUUGAAAGAUGCAGUGGACGAGGAGGGGCGACCGAAGCAACUGGUGGCCCUCCUCGCCGGAGCACCCGGGCUGGGCAAGACGACCCUCGCGCACGUGAUCGCGCGCCACGCGGGCUACCACGUGGUCGAGAUGAACGCCUCCGACGACCGCAGCCCGGCGCACUUCGCGGAGACGUUGGAGCGGGCGACGCAGAUGCAGAGCGUGCUCGGCGCGUCUCGCCGGCCGAACUGCCUCGUCGUCGACGAGAUCGACGGGGCCCCGCAGGUGUCCGUCGACCUCCUGGUGGACUUUGUCCUCGGGAAGGGUCUGAAGGGGGAGGGUGGGAAGGGGCGGAAGGGAAAGGCGCGCGCGGUGGUGCAGCAGAGGCCCAUCGUCUGCAUCUGCAACGACCUCUACGUCCCUGCCUUGAGGUUGCUCAGGCAGCAUGCCUUGGUUCUCCAAUUCCCGCCCACUCUCCCUGCCAGGCUGGCCCAGCGAAUGCAGGAGAUAGCCAGGACACAGCAGAUGGAGGCAGACCUCACCGCCCUGCUCACCCUGUGCGAGAAGGCCGAGAACGACAUCCGCUCGUGCAUCACCACCCUGGAGUUCCUCUCCCGGCACCUGCGACGGAGGCUCCUCCGUCCGGGGGACGUCCACGGUCUCAACGUCGGUCGCAAGGACUUCCACAAGAGCCUCUUUGGGGUCUGGCACGACAUAUUCCACGUCCCCCGAGCCAACAAG